UCUUGCCAAAACAGAAGCGCGCUAUCGCCCAGUUCCUUUUGCAGCUUUGCACUUUGCGUUUCACACUCAGAUAUAUUUGUUUCCUGCUUAAUACUCAGCCAUGGGCCGCGACAGAUUCAGCGAACUCCAGGGUGAUGUCCCGCCCACAGGAGCGUACACUGAGGGCUACCAGAUGCAGCCGUCCUCGCAGUUUGCCAGCACUGGCGGAAUCAGCGACACCGACUUCUUUGGCAUGGUUGACAGCAUCACUGAGCAAAUGGCCGAGGUAGACAAGCGCAUCAGCGACAUCGCACAGCUGCACGAGCAGGCGCUGAACGCGACCAGCGAGCAGAGGCACGCACAGGUGUCGAGAGACCGCGACCAGCUUGUCGCCGACACAAACGCUGUGAUCACAGACAUCAAGCGCAGCCUGCAGACCGUGGACCGGCUGCUGCAGCAGAGCGACCCAUCGGUGUCAAAGAGCCAGCACGUGGCGCGCGCCAGCCGGCAGCAGGGGCUGGCAAAGAAGUUCUCGGAGCAGAUCCAGCGGUACCGCCAGAUGGAGCACCAGUACUCGCAGCGCAACAAGGAGCGGCUGGAGCGCCAGUACCGGAUUGCGAGGCCCGAUGCGACCGAUGCAGAAAUCGCCGAUGCCAUUGAGAGCGACCAGGCAGGCCAGGUGUUUGCCCAAUCCGUGAUGCAGACAUCCAGGGUCGGCGAGGCUCGCCGCGUGCUGCGGGAUGUCGAGGAGCGGCAGGCAGACAUCCAGAAGAUUGAGCGCACUAUUGAGGAGCUGGCGCAGAUGUUCUUGGAGGUCGCCGAGAUGGCCGAGCGCCAGCAGGAAAUGCUCGAUACUAUCGACAAUGCUGUUGAGGAGACCCACGGGCACGUCGAGAUGGCCAAGACCGAGGUCGACAAGGCCAUUGUGUUCAGAAAGAAGUCGCGCAAGCGCCUGUGGUGCAUCCUGGCGCUGGUCAUCCUGAUCAUUGCCAUCAUCGUGGUUAUCGUCGUGCUGAAGGUCAAGGGCGUCUUUUAAUACAGUUUUCUUGUUCAGCUGGCUAAUGCGGAUCCGUCCCCUCGCUAGCCAGCAGGCCAGAAUGUUUGCAGGAAUUGUGGAUCUUCCAACGUAAACAACAGCUUGCGUUUAAAGUGGCCGGGUGUGUUUGCAGACGCACG